AUGGACCCAAGGGCUACUGUGCUGUUGGGCCUUAAGUGGGCCGGGUGGAGACAAGAACAAAAGAAAAUAUCUGGUGUUACGUACUUGGUAGUCUCUGAAUCUGAAAUUGCAAUGCUUCACCCGGCGGCACUGAUAGCAUCGUGUCCUUAUCCUUAUCCUUAUCCUGGGCGGCAUGAGUUACCCUCAGCCUCAGCGUCAGCGACAGCCAGAGUCGCUGUUCCAAUGCCAAAUCUGAGAGGCAAAGCGGUUGUUGGUGUUGGUUCCAGAAUGAUAAGGUGCAUGGCUAACCCCAGAAGAGUUCAAAUGGUGGCCAAGCAAAUUAGGAGAGAGCUUUCUCAUAUGCUUCUCACCGAUAAAGUCUUGCAGUAUGCUGUUCUUCCCGAAGCCUCCUUAGGAGCCGACCGUUACCUCUCUUCUCUCACCACCAUCACCGACGUCCAAGUCUCCGCCGACUUGCAGGUUGUUAAGGUGUAUGUUUCUGUUUUUGGAGAUGAAAGAGGUAAAGAAGUCGCCAUUGCCGGCUUGAAAUCUAAGGCUAAAUAUGUUCGCAGCGAGUUGGGCAAGCGUAUCAAGUUGCGCUUAACUCCUGAGAUACGCUUUCUUGAGGAUGAUUCUUUUGAGAGAGGAAGCAGGGUCAUUGCAAUACUAGAUAAAAUAAAGAAUGACAAAAGCCAAUACAAGGCGGAGUUGGAUUCGUCACCAAAUGAGGAUCACGACGAUGAUUGGGAUGGUGAAGAUCCUGAAGAAGGCAUCAUUUAUGUGGAAUAGAUGUCUCCCUAUGUAACUCUAUCACUACUGUGCAUCUUUCAUAUGGACAAACCUUUCACUGUUGAUAGUGAUCGGAAACACUUCACUAAAAUGCUUGCUGGACAGACGCUGUUCUAGAUUUGUAGUUGUGACAAGUCACAAUUGACAACAUUAUCUCAACACAAAGACCUUCUUGCGUUGUCUAUCCCCAAGUGAUGUGAUGUAGACCAAUUUUUGGGUUUUCUCUCCUUUUAUAUGCCUUAACCCAGGAUCUUACUAUACAAGAGGGUUUGCUGUAUAAAGUUCUUUUCCUGCUUUACUUAUUCCUGUAAGUGGAAUUUAUAAUGUUUACUAUUGCUAUGCUAUUCGAAUUCGGCUGUCUUCAACAAA